CCUGUUAGGAAAAAAAAAAAAAAACUCAAGAGACAGAAAAAAGGAAGGCUUGAGAGAGAGAGAGAGAGAUGGAGAAGAUUAUUGAUGUAGCUUAUGGCGCAUCAGUGAAGGCGGGUUUGACGUUGUUGGAGAAGAAUCUGUUGCCAGAUCUCGUCAUUAGGCGGCUCACACGUCUGCUUCUGGCCGGUCGUCUCCGUUCCGGUUACAAACCCACGGCGGAGAUGCAACUCUCCGAUCUCCUCCGUUUUGUUGACUCUAUAAAGAAGAUGCCUAUAGCUAUCAAUACCGAGAAGCCAAAGACUCAACACUAUGAAUUACCAACAGCUUUCUUCGAACUUGUUCUUGGAAGAAAUAUGAAAUACAGCUCUUGUUACUUCUCAAACGAUUCAAGUAGCUUAGAAGAUGCAGAGGAAGCAAUUUUGGCUCUUUAUUGUGAAAGAGCUAAAGUGGAAGAUGGACAAAGUGUUCUUGAUGUCGGAUGUGGCUGGGGAUCUUUGUCUUUGUACAUUGCCCGCAAGUAUGGCAAAUGCAAGUUAACCGGUAUCUGCAACUCCAAAACACAGAAAGCAUUUAUCGAUGAGAAAUGCCGGAAACUCGGGCUUGAGAAUGUCGAAAUUAUUGUUGCGGAUAUUAGCACUUUUGAGCAUGAAGGGACAUAUGAUCGAGUAUUCUCCAUCGAAAUGUUCGAGCACAUGAAAAACUAUGGAGAGCUACUGAAGAAGAUAGGUAACUGGAUGAAGGAAGAUAGUCUUCUGUUUGUUCACUAUUUCUGCCAUAAGACAUUUGCUUACCACUUUGAGGAUGUGAAUGACGAUGACUGGAUCACAAGACACUUCUUCAGCGGAGGAACAAUGCCAUCAGCAGAUCUUCUCCUAUAUUUCCAAGAAAAUGUCUCGAUUGUGGAUCAUUGGCUUGUAAACGGGACGCAUUAUGCAAAGACAAGUGAAGAGUGGCUCAAAAGAAUGGAUAAGGAGAUAGUUGCAAUAAAAAGGAUAAUGGAAAUGACUUAUGGGAAAGAAGAAGCAGUGAAGUGGAUGGUUUACUGGAGAACCUUCUUCAUCGCGGUUGCUGAGCUUUUCGGGUACAACAAUGGAGAAGAGUGGAUGGUUGCACACUUCCUCUUCAAGAAGAAAUGAUGAUUUCUUUAUUUUCUUCCAGUUUUGAAUAAAGAAUACAACAAUCU